AGCAAGACAACGCGACCGAGGAGUCAAUCCGUAUAUAAAAUGCUGGGAUCUCGCACGCGCUUCUUCAGCUGGUUUUGGGGGUUCUUUUCCGCUUCGUUGUUCUUCUCCUCUUCCUAAAGUUUCUUCUUUUGGGUCAUGUUGAACUCAUCAAGAGUCUAACAAAUUGAAACUAGAAGAUGUCAAGCAGUAGACACACACAUUGGUGUUAUCGAUGCAGGCGUAGAGUCCGGCCUCGGGGGCGGGACAUGGUCUGCCCCAACUGUGAUGCAGGUUUUGUGUCGGAGCUCGAUGAGAUAGAGGCACUUAUGAGCCAGUUCAUUGGCAUGGACCCUGAUAUGGAUCAUGACCCGCGUCACAGUAUCAUGGAGGCCAUCUCUGCCAUGAUGAGUCGAGGGAUGGUGGGAAGGAACCGUGAGUUUGAUGUCCAGGGCAGACCCAAUAUGUUCUCAGAUUUUGGGAUGGAAUUUGGCUCUAGUCCUUGGUUGGUCUUCAGGGGCCAGCUUCCUGUUCAUAUGUCUGACAACGAUGGGUUUGAGGUCUUCUUCAAUGGACGCCGUGGUGUUGGCGUGCGACGAGCCAACAUGGCAGACUAUUUUGUUGGCCCGGGGUUAGAAGAUCUAAUUGAACAGUUGACACAAAAUGAUAGACACGGACCACCACCUGCAUCACAGUCAGCAAUUGAUGCUAUGCCAACCUUGAAGAUCAACCAGAGGCAUCUGCAUGGAGACUCGCAUUGCCCUGUUUGCAAAGAGAAAUUUGAGCUAGGGAUUGAGGCACGGGAGAUGCCAUGUAAACAUAUAUAUCACUCAGACUGCAUCAUUCCCUGGUUGGAGCAGCAUAAUUCCUGUCCAGUUUGCCGCCAUGAGCUGCCACCACAGAGCUCUGGUCAUUACACACGUUCAAGAUCAAGCAAUCAAAGUUCAAGUAGCAAUGGAAAUAACACUGGACGCCGAUGCAGGAGGAAUCUGUUAUCCUUUCUGUGGCCUUUUCGCUCUUCAAACUCAAAUUCUAGAUCUCGUUAGAAUGAUUACGUGGGUUUAAUUCUGCUGCUGUCCAUGAAUGUACUAACCAGAUGAGUUAUUCUGGAUUAUCUUUUGAUUUGUGUAGUUUUAUCUAUCACCUUGUUUGGUUCUCUAGGGUAUCCCACUUGUUAGAUGAUAGUUUAUUUCUGUUGUCUGUGAAACGCAUGCUGGCUUGGAAAUGUUUACGGAUCUCCGCAUUUACUGAUCCAUAGCCAAGGGUGAUCAGCAAUCAAAGGCCUAUGUCAAUAUAUAUUUUUUUUGUUACAAUGCAAAUUGUCUGAUCUAUUUUCUGCUGCA